AUGAGCAAAACAAUAGAUCUUUACGGAGCAGAUGAUCUAGCACAAAUUAAAAGACCCUUUACAAUAAGUUUAACAGAAGAGAGUAGUCCUGCUAAAAAAUUUAAUCUAAGUUAUUUGUUGGCUAAGUAAUGUGUAAAAGAGAAUAGAAAAAAAUCCUAAUUUUCGCUUUAUCACAUAACUCAAAGAGACUAUUAUCAUCCAAGUUAUUUACCUACUCGUUAUCCAGCAAAUUUAUAAAUGUAGAAUUUGAAUAAUACCACGAAGUCAAUCCAAUCGAGACAGACACAAUUUAGUAAAUUAUUCAAUUAGAAAUACAAAGCUCUGCCUCUGAGUGAAUAAAAUCAAUAAGGGAUUUAUAAAAACAUUGAUUUUAAGAAUAAGAUCUUAGAAAGGAUGUUAUAAAUUCGAAACAGGAGUUUAACAUGUAAAAUACCAGAGUCAAGUUAAUUUAGAACUAUUUAAACUGAUAAUUGCACUUAAUCCCCAAUAUUUCAACUUAAGAAUCAAGAAAUCUAUACUAAUAGGCCACCUUAAUCAAGAGUGAAUUCAUCAUUUCAAAAGUGUAAGAAAAUUUGUUUGGUGAAACCCACGGCAUAUGUUUUGGGAUUAAAUGUUGAAAAGUGUAAAAUACUUGAUAGAUUGAAAACGAUUUCAUCAUCACCUUAAGGGAGACCUGUGUAUGUGAGAAAAUAAAAAGCGAAUUACAUAUAGGAUAUCCCUCAAAGGGGAAUGGUCAACAAGCCUGCGAAAUAAUAGUUAAAUUUCAAAAAGAAAUCGUCUGUUUAGUUGGCCAAAUGGGAGUAUUCUGAUUUGGAGAACGAUUGA